UUCAAAACCCUAAACAGCUAAACCAACGCAUUGCGAAUUGCGGCCACGAGGCGAAGGCGGCGAACGGACGAGAGGGCGAGGGCGAGGCGAGGUGGCCGGACGGGCAACGGGGCGAGGGCGACUUUGAUUCUGCGAAAAUCUUUCCUUUCCAUCCCAAGGGCUUCGCCCAAGAGCUGUUAUCAUGGUGAAGCACAAUAAUGUGGUGCCUAAUGGCCACUUCAAAAAACAUUGGCAGAGAUAUGUUAGGACAUGGUUCAAUCAGCCUGCUCGCAAGACUAGAAGACGUAUUGCUAGACAAAAGAAGGCAGUGAAGAUCUUUCCCCGCCCGACAUCUGGCCCCCUUCGACCAAUAGUCCAGUGCCCAACUCUUAAAUAUAAUAUGAAAUCUAGAACUGGUAGAGGUUUCACGCUUGAGGAGCUCAAGGCUGCAGGAAUUCCAAAGAAGCUUGCUCCCACAAUUGGCAUUGCAGUGGAUCAUCGUCGGAAGAAUCGCUCGCUGGAAGGUCUCCAAGCCAAUGUUCAGAGGCUGAAGACAUACAAGGCGAAGCUGGUUAUCUUCCCUCGGCGUGCUCGCAAGUUUAAGGCUGGGGAUUCUGCACCGGAGGAACUUACAACGGCGACCCAGGUGAAGGGUGACUACUUACCUAUUGUCCACAGGAAGCCUUCAGUUGAGUUGGUGAAGGUUACUGAGGAGAUGAAGGCAUUUAAGGCUUAUGGGAAGCUUCGGGUGGAGAGAAUGAAUGCUAGGCAGGUUGGUGCCAGGCUGAAGAAGGCUGCAGAAGCAGAGAAAGAGGAGAAGAAGUGAAACUGUUAGCCAAUCAUAGCCAGAGGCUUUGGUUAGUUUUCAGCUUAUUUGUGUUUUUGACUAUGUUGUCUUUGUUUCAAGGGAACGUAUUUGUUUUGGAAUGGAUGGAUGACUGUUGCUCUUUUCAUCUAAAUUAAUUCGGCUUUGUUUC